AUGCAGAAACAUUGCAAGGAUGAGCAUGGCUGGGUGAACGAACAAAAGCGAGGGGGAGAUAUAAGGCAAAAGAGCAAGCACUCGCGCAACCAAGUAUGGCGAGACAGCCAAUCCUGCCAGCGCUUGUUCAGAGCUGUUGGCUGGCCGGCGUAUGUUGCAGUCGAGACGAGCGUUGGAGCUGCGACUCUAGCAGACAUCUCCCAGAGAGUGAAGGCAGAUCGCCAGCAUCAGCGAGAAGAGCGUAAGGCAGCAGCAGCGCAGGAUAAGAUUAAAGAGGGCAUCCGUUCGCAGGCUGAUCUGUGGCUAGAGCUCACAGAAUGGGUCCCGCACCUACAAGGUAUCCCAAGGGCGGCACUUCUGCGCGCUAAACAGCUAGCUGGUGGGGAGGUAGACGCGCGUGGGAAGGAAGAAGUGGCGUUUAACAACACGGGCUUACGCGAUGUUUGCAAAGCUAUGGAGCGGCUGAUACAAAAAGCGUUCGAUAGCAGCCGAGCUGAGGUUGUCGGCAGACUCGCACUGGAGAUUAUUGAGCGACGUGAGGCGGGCGCAGAAUCGAACGAGCGGCCCUUCUACGCUAGGCAUCGAGUCGGUACAAUCAAGAAGUACAGCCAGAAGCUGGUGAGCAUCCUCUGCUACCUGUGGCGCACAUAUGACCAGGUCGAGCGGCCGCCAUACAAACUUACCAGCACGCAAGACGCCCUCUUGGUGUCACUCCAGCAAAUAGCCCGCUCAGACGACGCUGCGAAGAAAGAGAAACUGGAAGAGCGAUGCCUGCGCUUUUGGAUCGCCUUGCUCAACCACAGCCUGACUGGCGACGAGCACGAGAGCGCACUGCUGAGCGGAGUGGCUGUCCUCGGCCUCAAGCCUGAUCACCAUGGCGGUGGGUAG